AUGUUCCGAGACUUCGGGGAACCCGGGCCGAGCUCCGGGGCGGGCGGCGCGUACGGCGGCCCCGCGCAGCCCCCCGCGGCCGGCCAGCAGAAGUUCCACCUCGUCCCAAGCAUCAACGCCGUGAGUGGCAACCAGGAGCUGCAGUGGAUGGUGCAGCCUCACUUCCUGGGACCCAGCAGCUAUCCCAGGCCUCUGGCCUACCCCCAGUACAGCUCCCCACAGCCCCGACCGGGAGUCAUCCGGGCCCUGGGGCCUCCUCCAGGGGUGCGUCGGAGGCCUUGUGAACAGAUCAGCCCCGAGGAGGAGGAGCGCCGUCGAGUAAGGCGCGAGCGGAACAAGCUGGCCGCGGCCAAGUGCAGGAACAGAAGGAAGGAACUGACUGACUUCCUGCAGGCGGAGACUGACAAACUGGAGGGCGAGAAAUCCGGGCUGCAGAGGGAGAUUGAGGAACUGCAGAAGCAGAAGGAACGCCUGGAGCUGGUGCUGGAAGCCCAUCGCCCCAUCUGCAAGAUCCCAGAAGGGGUCAAGGAGAAUGACGCCAGCGGCACCAGUGGCCCCAGCAGCCCGCCACCCCCCUCCCGCCCUGUGCCUUGUAUCUCCCUUUCCCCGGCGUCUGUGCUUGAACCUGAAGCCCUGCACACACCCACGCUCAUGACCACACCCUCUCUGACUCCCUUCACCCCCAGCCUGGUCUUCACCUACCCCAGCACCCCUGAGCCCUGCGCCUCAGCCCAUCGCAGGAGUAGCAGCAGCAGUGGGGACCCGUCCUCUGACCCUCUGGGCUCCCCUACCCUCCUCGCCUUAUGAGGUAUCCCAGCCCCCAUCCCCGAGUGUGCCACCCUGGCCAAUACCUCCAGGCCCUUGGGUCCAGCUGGCUGGACCAUAUCCCACUCCCA